AAACAGCAUCGUGGGUCCUGGAUACACCUCGGAGCGGAGAGGGGGAGAGAAGAAGGGAGCUGUGGCCAUCAGCCACCCACCCCUACAGCUCUUUUACGGCUGGGACCCACUUCCAGCCGUUGCAGCCAGUGCCAUGGCGGGAGAGGCCGAUAAUCAACGGAGUGUGUUGGAGCUGAUGGCUGUGUUUGAAGAGCACUGGGCCGGCAAAUUUGCCUGGAGGGACGAGCAGGUUCCGCACGGCCAGGCUACUCCUGCAACCAGCCAGCCCCAGCAGCUUCCAGCAUCCCCUGCCAGCCAGAGCCUCCCCCAGAUGGCUGCCAGGUACCAACCGGAGCAAGAGAAUGAGGAGGGACAGCAGGGUCAGCGGGGCCUCAGCUUCAAAUGCCUCCGUUCUUUCCGACACAAGAUCAGUGAGGACAACUGGAGGAGGCAGCAGGACCCGGGCCUGGAGCCUGGCAGCAAGGAGCCAGAGGAAAAGAAAAUCGCUCUGGAGCUGCUGGAGACAGAGCAGGCUUAUGUCAACCGCCUCCACCUUCUCGACCAGAUAUUCUAUACAGAGCUGAUGAAAGAAGCCAAAAAUGGGAAGACAGUCCCAGAGGAGGUGGUGAAAAUGAUCUUCUCCAACAUCUCCUCCAUUUACCAGUUCCACGCCAAGUUCUUUCUGCCAGAACUGCAGAAGCGCAUGGCGAAUUGGAGCUGCAACCCACGGAUUGGCGAUGUGAUCCAGAAGCUUGCACCGUUCCUCAAGAUGUACGGCGAAUACGUGAAGAACUUUGACAAGGCUGUGGAGCUCAUCACUAUCUGGUCAGAGAAAUCCCCACCCUUCCAGGAGCUCAUUGCUGACAUCCAGAAAAGGAAGGUCUGUGCUAAUCUAACGCUGCAGCACCACAUGCUGGAACCAGUGCAGAGGAUCCCACGCUACGAACUCCUCCUGAAAGAUUAUGUCCGAAAACUUCCACCCGAGUCCCCAGACCGGGACGAUGCAGAGAAGGCCCUGGAGAUGAUUUUCAUGGUGGCCAAGCACUCAAAUGCAGCUAUUGCCGAGAUGGAACGGCUGCAGAACCUCUGGGCAGUCUAUCAGCGGCUGGGCCUCGAGGACGACAUUGUGGAUCCCUCCAACGAGCUGAUCAAGGAGGGGCCGAUCCAAAAAAUCUCCACCCGCAACAACAGCACAUCGGAGAAGUACCUGUUCCUGUUCAACAACAUGUUGCUCUACUGCGUGCCCAAGGUCAUCCAGGUGGGCGCUGAGUUCCAGGUCCACCUCCGCAUUGAUGUGGAUGGCAUGAAGGUGAGGGUGCUGAACGACACGCAGUUCCCUCACACCUUCCUGGUCUCGGGAAAGCAGCGGACACUGGAGCUGCAAGCCAGGUCUGAGGAGGACAUGAACGCCUGGAUCAAGGCCUUCCAAGAUGCCAUUGACAGGAAGGAGAAGAGGAGUGAGACCUUUAAGACGGCGGUGCGUGGGCUGGAGAUGGGCACCCCUGCAUUGAAGACAGAGGAGCUGGGCCGCCGAGCCCCCCAGUGGGUGCGGGACAACCUGGUGACCAUGUGCAUGCGCUGCAAGGAGCCCUUCAACGCCAUCAUGCGCCGGAGACACCACUGUCGAGCUUGUGGAUAUGUGGUGUGUGCUCGCUGCUCUGACUACAAGGCCGAGCUGCAGUACGAUGGGAACCGCCUGAACCGUGUGUGCCAGGAGUGUUACAUCUUCCUGACGGGCCAUGUGGUGCCCGAGGACCAGGAGGGGAAGCACAAAGGCAUCCUGGAGAAAGGAGCCGCAGAAGUAUCGGGCAGGAGUUUGCUGUGCAGUUCCCUGCAGCUGCUGGACAAGAAUGGCAAGGGGGGCACUCGGGGCUGGUUCGUGAUCCCGCAGGAUGAUCCCCUUGUGCUGUACAUCUACGCGGCCCCCCAGGACGUCCGAGCACACACCUCCAUCCCGCUGCUGGGCUACGAGGUGAGGGACCUGCCCCAGGGCGACUCCCGCCACCCCUUCCAGCUGGUGCAGUCCCGGCAGGUCUACACCUUCGUGGCCGACACCGAGGAGCUGAAGCGGCGCUGGAUGAGGGCCAUGGCACGCUCCGCCGCGGGGAUCACAGACCCAGAGGAAGGCGAGGAUGGGGACUCCUGUGACGAAACAGAAUGA